AUGUCUCUCCCUCGAGCUUCAGAUUCCCUCCGCCGACUGCCACGGCUAACGUCGCAAUUCCAGCCAUCGCGGACCAUCACCGUCCCCAAUCACCAAAACACUACCACCACCAACACAAACCCCAAAUUAACACGAUCCUUCCAUUCCACGCCUCAUCCCUCCGCCGCCCGCCGCUCCCCAACCGUUCGUCGAGCCGAAGCAUCCCAAACCCGCAUUACAUCUUCGCCUCCAGUCUACAACACACCAGUGAAAGGGCCCAAGGACGGCCGCCAUCAAUUCCUCGAAACACACGGCGUGCAGUUAUGGGCAGAUGCGCAGAGGGCCGGUAUAAUCCCAAACGCAGUGGAUCAACGUGUCUUCAUGCGUGUGGGAUCUGCGCUCCUUGACAAGGCGUAUACACAGGCACCGUCGCGAGAAGCGAUUCGGGAGAUUCAUGAUGACCCCGACCUCACCUUCAACAUCGGCCAGGUCGUCUCCCUCGGUGACCCCAGGUUCCGCGAAUGGGUCGUAACGGCCUGCACCCUCGCAGAAGCCCGCUUUGCAACCAUCAUAUCCGCAACUCGAAUCCUCGACAAAGCUACAAAAGCCCCGACAUCAUCAAUUCCUUUCAACAGAAUCGAACACCUAGCCCUGCAAAUGCGCGAUCCCGUCUCCAUGACCCUACACGCACGAGUGUUGAUCUUCCGCGAACAAUACAACGAGGCGCUAGCGUUGAUGGAAGAAGUAAUGGGCGUUAUCCGUCCGGUUACUACGUCGCGACCUAGCCAGGAUAAACAUUUCCCGUUGGACAUGGCCCCGUGGCAGGUCUAUGAAGAUGUCAAUAGGAAGCUGGGGAACGACGAUGCGGCAGAUAAGGCCAUUGAAAUCGCUGCGCGGGAGUAUCAGGAUCCGCAGGCGUUGUUUACGCUUGCUGGGAGACAUAUGAAGGAUGGUGAUUUGGAGAAUUACGAGGCCUGCAUGAGCAAGGUUGCUUCUACUGGAAAUGCUGAUGCGUGUAGGAAGUUGGCCAAUUUCUACUACCUGACUUGUCUGGGUCGUUAUCCGCGACGGGGUGAGGAUGCCACACAACAGAAACAGGAACAGGAACCGCAGCAGCAGAAGAAAAAAGGCUGGGUUUCCUCCUUUUUCGGCCGCAUGCUCUCUCCAGGUGACUAUCUCAAUCUCGCGCGCGAGUGGUAUGAACUCGCAUGCACCCAUGGGAGCCACGAUGCGGCUCUGAUAAUGUCUUUGCUGCUGCGACUAGAUGGGAAGUUUGAUCUUGGAAAAAAAUAUCUCGAGAUGGCCGCGCAGAAACCGGGCCUUGCCUCUGCGAUUCGUGGGUACAGGGUUAAUUGGGAUAACAAGGAACUUACUAUGAAUGUUGACUUGAAGCGGCUUGAUGUUUAG